AUAUUUCCAGACGGACCAAGUGCGUUUCCUGUUGUCCGUGAAGAUAUAAUAGCCCGUCAACAAACAGCACCAAACCAUACUGGAACAUCGUUUUGUCACGGAUUUAAUCUUGUGUAAAGCUUCCAUACAAACGUCUCUCCUCAGGUUGGCAGGGACAAAGUAGUGACGUUACACGGCUGUGGCUGGCAUGCGUGGGCAUUCUAGCGUGUAAAGUCACCGAGGAUGUGGAGGACAGGCCCUGGUCCGAGUCUGAGGAGGGCAGCCAGACUCUGUUCCAGCACCCCACCUAAAGCUUCUCACACAAACUUCACUGCACGGCCCCACGCCGAGAAGCAGAGGCGCAGACGAGUGCGGGAGGAGGGCAUCCUAUCGAGUCAGCAUGGUAGUGCUGAAGGUAAAGCAGUAAAGUGGAGUGAGAAGCAGAAGAUUGCUUACACUGCUCCGACACCUCCUGGGGCAAAGAAAGACACUAGCUUACCGUUCCCAUCGUGUUACAGUCCGGAGUAUGUGGAGUCCAGCUGGUAUCAGUGGUGGGAGAAAGAGGGAUUCUUCAGUCCUGAGCAACAUGAACGGUUGCCCCACGCUGUGGAUCAGACCUUCUCUCUGUGUAUUCCUCCACCAAACGUGACUGGUACUCUGCACCUGGGCCACGCUCUGACAGUAGCUGUAGAGGAUGCGCUGGUUCGAUGGAGACGGAUGCAGGGCUGCAGAGUGCUGUGGGUGCCUGGAUGUGACCAUGCAGGUAUCGCAACGCAGACGGUGGUGGAGAGGAGACUGCUGAGGCAAACGGGGAAGCACAGACGAGACUUUACGAGGGACGAGUUUCUGGAGGAGGUGUGGAAGUGGAAGAAUGAGAAAGGAGACGAGAUCUACCACCAGCUGAGGAAGCUUGGAGCUUCUCUGGACUGGAGCAGACCCUGUUUCACCAUGGACCCAGGUUUUAGCAGAGCUGUCACUGCAGCGUUUGUCCGACUGUGUGACUCUGGUCUAAUUUAUCGCUCAGAGGGUUUGGUCAGCUGGAGCUGUGCCCUGGAAUCUGCCAUCUCUGACAUAGAGGUGGACUCGAAGGAGCUCUCCGGCCGGACCAUGUUGUCUGUUCCUGGCUAUGAACACAAGGUGGAGUUUGGAUCGAUGCUGAGCUUUGCGUACCCCGUAGAAGGCCACGACACGGAGGUGGUGGUGUCCACCACCCGUCCAGAGACUAUGCUGGGAGACGUGGCCAUAGCUGUUCACCCUGAUGAUCCUCGAUACCAGACGGUUCAUGGGAAGCACUGCAGGCAUCCUUUCACCGACAGACUGUUACCCAUCAUCACUGAUUCUAUGGUGGACGUGGAGCUUGGAACUGGUGCAGUGAAGGUGACUCCUGCUCAUGACCACACAGACUUCGUCCUCUCACAGAGACACUCACUUCCACGCCUGACUGUGAUUGCUGGCGAUGGGACGAUGACAGAGUCCUGUGGACAGUGGCUGGAGGGAGUGAAGCGUUUUGAUGCCAGACAGCUGGUUGUGGAUGCUCUGGUUGAGAAAAGACUGUUCAGAGGAAGAAAAGCUCAUGCCAUGAGUUUACCCGUCUGCAGGUACAGCAGCGCAUGCACGCUCAACGAGCAGUGGGUUUGGGGACGCAGCGAGGACGAGGCCCGUCAGAGAGCUGCUGUCAAAUAUGGAUUGAAGCCAGAUGCCGUCACAUUGACUCGGGACCCAGAUGUCUUGGAUACAUGGUUUUCCUCUGCGCUCUUUCCCUUUGCCAUGCUUGGCUGGCCAGAUCAGACCGCUGACCUGCAGCAGUUUUACCCUAACUCUGUCCUGGAGACGGGCAGUGACCUCAUCUUUUUCUGGGUUGCCAGGAUGGUGAUGCUUGGAACAGAGCUGACCGGGCAGCUACCCUUUAAACAGGUCCUGUUUCAUUCACUAGUGAGAGAUAAAUAUGGCAGAAAAAUGAGUAAAUCUCUGGGAAAUGUCAUCGACCCCUUAGACGUUAUACACGGAGUCUCUUUGGAGAGACUUCAAGGAAAAGUGAAGGAGGGAAACCUGGAUCCGAGGGAGCAGCUGGUUGCCAUGGAAGCACAGAGGAAGGACUUCCCCGCGGGGAUCCCAGAGUGUGGGACUGAUGCUCUGCGCUUUGCCCUUUGCUCUCACAAAAUGCAGGGAGAAGACCUCAGUCUGUCUGUCGCUCAGGUUCUGAGCUGCAGACACUUCUGUAAUAAGAUGUGGCAGACCUUAAGGUUCACAUUGGGAGUGCUGAGUGAGAACGGAGCAACACUGGAAACUAUAGCAAAGACAGCUCCUCUGAGCAGCAUGGACCGCUGGAUCUGCUCCAGACUACACAGCACGGUUGGGCAGUGUGAGCAGGCCUUUGAAGCUUAUGAGCUCCACAGCGUCACGUCUGCCCUGUACUCCUUCUGGGUCCACAGCCUGUGUGAUAUUUACAUGGAGUAUAUAAAGCCUCUGCUGACCCAGCAGGACCAGGAAGUCGUCCUCACAACCGACGCAGAGCACAGUGGUGACGCGAGGCAGGCGGCCAUCGCCGUUCUCUAUCACUGUGUGUCUGUGUCCUUGGCCCUGCUCUCCCCCUUCAUGCCGUUCAUCACUGAGGAGCUGUGGCAGAGACUUCAGCCGUUUGCACCCGAAGCUGCUGCACAAACCAGCCUGUGUUUACAGCCGUACCCCCGCUCCGCUCAGUUGGCACACUGGCAUUUUGCCGAAGAGGAAAGAGAUUUCCUGCUGGUACAGGAAGUGAUCCGAGUGGCCCGUUCUUUACGAGCACAGUGCGGCAUAACCAAAGCAAAACCUGACAUGUGGGCAGUGUGUUCGCCCAGCCAGGCCGAGGUCCUCCUUCGCUUCGGGUCAGCGAUUAGGACUUUAAGCCGAAUCUCCGACCUUCACAUCUGCUGUUCUGACAGAGGCAGUAUCCCCCCGUCUGUACACUCCACUUCUCCACCCAAAACAAGCCUCGCUGGUGUGGUGGACCACACAUGUCAGCUACAUCUUCACGUUCAAAGUGGAAUGAACAUUGAGAAACAGAUCGUGCAGCUCUCUCAGCGCAGAGACAGGCUCGUCCCAAAGCUGGAUCAAAUCCUUGCCAGAGUCCAGUCUCCAAGCUACCUCACCAAGGUUCCUUCUCAUGUCCGGGAGCAGAUGGACAGUAAGGUGUCUGCUUUGGAGCAGGAACUGAAAACUGUUGAGGAUCAACUGAAAUUGCUGCAAGAGAUGCAAACAGCAGAGUAACUGAAGCCUUCGCAGUAGCUGUGUGGACUGCUGUAGGAAAAAAGCUGCUGUUUCAUUAUUUAUAAUAUUAUAGUCAAAAAUAUGAACUUUCUAUUAUGUAAUGGAGUUAUACACUGUGUAAGUAGCAGUCCUGUCUGGCUCCAGGUGUUUUGAGCAUAGUGGAAGCAUCUGCAUUUGAUCUGUUGCUCUUAUUCCAAAAAUAUUGUCUUCUGUUCUGGCCUUUUAAAAACUCUGAUUUUAAAAUAAUUUUUAUGAUCAACUUUUCAUUUUCAUUGUUUUACCAUGAAUGCAUUUCAAAUCUGAAUAUUGCUGUGGGAAAGCCCUUUUUGAGUAUAUCAUAAUUUAGACCCCAGAAGAAUCAUGGAGUGAAUAAAGGAGGCUAAAUAACUAA